GUUGUUCGUUCUUUUAUUUCCCUUCCCUCACGACUUUCAGACGGUCUGCUCUUUUGACCGAUCAGGAAAUUAGGAAAACAAGCACGGCAUUGGCGUCUAUAGAGAGGAGGGCAUACAUAUUUUCUCGUUUUUCCGUCAAGCGUGUCGUUCUCAGGACAUCUGUAACCAGGAAGUAAGUCUCUGUUGGUGCUCGAUCACUUGUGUGUAGCCUAGGCUACUAUAUGCGUUGUUUAAAGCCAGGACUGUAAGUCAGUACAGAUCGAGUCAUGACUGACGUCGGAGCUCGGUGGACAUGGUCAUGUUGAGGCAUUGCGUGAAUGUGCUGCUGAUGUGACAUGUGCUUACUUCAGCUCAGGAUGAGUAAAGAAAUGGAGGAGCUUUCUCACCUUGUCGAUUCGGAACACGGUGAUGGGUCUGAGGAAGAAACAGAGGAGGAUGACGAGCCCAAAAUCUGUCAAGUAUGUGGAGACAAAUCCACAGGAUACCACUUUAAUGCCAAGACCUGUGAGGGCUGCAAAGGCUUCUUCAGGCGUGCCAUGAAGCGGCCCGCACAGCUCUGCUGCCCAUUUCAGAACACUUGUGUCAUCACUAAGACCAACAGGAGACAGUGCCAGUCCUGCCGACUCCAGAAAUGCUUCUCAAUCGGCAUGAAGAGGGAAUUGAUCAUGUCGGACGAUGCUGUGGAGAAGCGGAGGAUGCAGAUCAGGAGGAAGAAGAUGCAGGAGGAGCCUGUAACGCUCUCCCCUCAACAGGAAGCUGUCAUACAGGAGCUGCUCACCGCACAUCAAAAGACCUUUGACAUGACUUGUGCCCACUUCAUUCAGUUCCGGCCUUUAGAUCGGGAUCAGAAAUCCAUGUCUGAGUGUGGUCGAGAGCCAAACAGCAGCAGGUUCACUUACGCAACCAUGCACAAACCGUCGCCUGAAGAUGCAAUGCAGCAGACCAUCAGCUUUGUCUCCCCCUCGUUCCCUUCCUUCAGCUUUCAGAGUCCUGAAAAUAAAGAGAAGAAUCGACAUAAAAGUGCCAUCUUCACCUCUCUGCCACAUUUUACAGACCUCACCACAUACAUGAUCAAGAAUGUAAUCAACUUCAGCAAGACGCUUACAAUGUUUAGGGCUCUAAUCAUAGACGACCAGAUCUCGCUGCUGAAAGGCGCCACCUUUGAGAUCAUUCUGAUCCACUUCAACAUGUUCUUUAAUGAGGUGACAGGCAUCUGGGAGUGCGGCCCGCUGCAGUACUGCCUGGAUGACGCCAUGCGAGCUGGUUUCCAGCGUCAUCUGCUGGACCCUAUGAUGAACUUCCAUUGCACACUGCGCAAGCUGCACUUGCGUGAAGAGGAGUAUGUGCUGAUGCAGGCCAUCUCGCUCUUCUCACCAGAUCGCCCCGGUGUGAAACAUCACAGCGUGAUCGACCGCAACCAGGAAACACUAGCUCUCACCCUGAAGACCUACAUUGAGGCCAAGAGGACCGAGCCAGAGAAACAUCUGCUGUUCCCAAAGAUCUUGGCGUGCCUGACUGAGAUGAGGAGUAUGAAUGAAGAGUAUACGAAACAAGUGCUGAAAAUCCAGGACAUUCAGCCUGAAGUGUCUCCGCUUUUACUGGAAAUAAUAAGCAAAGACAGCUAAGCCUUCACAGAGCAGAUGACUCAACUAACUGGCCUUGAACUGGCUAUCACCAGCCGCGUUGACCUUCAUCUGAAGACACUAAGGACUGAAAUAUAGUCAAAACUAGCGAGGACAAGGACGGUGCCUACUGAUAAUGAACUACUGAACUGCAGCACACUGCAAUUGUGAACCUGUCGUUUUAUAGCUGUGUAACUACAUGUAAUGGUGUUUGAGUUUAUCUCACGAGUAAUCUUUUUCUGGAUCUUUUCAUGAAAGAACAAUUUCUAUGGUUCAUAACCAGAUGUAGGAUGGCACAUACUAUCUCUUACAUUUACAGCAUGAAUGAAGUUUGAAAUGUGAUGCAGUAAGAGCAAGUUAUUAUGGCAGCAUCACAGAUGUAUAAAACAACAAUAUGAUACUAUACUAGUCAUUUGUGUUAAUAGUCUGUCUUGACGAAUCUGUUUAUUUAUUAUUCAUUUUUAAAUGCAAAAUAGUGGUAUAAGUUAACCGCUUCAGGGUAUGUUGUGUUCAAAUGAUUCAAUGCCACUGUCAGAUGUGAGUAGCUAUAUUUGAUUCAAACAUUUUCCAGAUUAGAAUGUAAAUGGAGUUAUGAAUCUCAUAAAGAACAUGUUCAGGUCUUAAUUUACUCUACAUAUUGAAAAAAACUAUAUAGGCUUUUUAUGCAAAAUAUCUAUUUUUAUUUUUAUAUCUAUAAUUAUUUUUCAUUACAGUAAUGAGAAUGGGAUUUUUUAUGGUAAUGAAAAAAAAUAGGCUUUUAUGCAAACUAUGUGUUUUGGGUGUGGAUUAUGUUCUUGUCAGGUUUUGUGAGAUUCACUGAUAUGUGGCUGGGUAUCAAAAGAGUUGAGCUAGCUAUUCAUUUCAUGCCUGUUGUGAAUGCUUUAUUAGUAAAAAAGCUUGCUGUAUUUUGUGCAACAUAUCAGAAAUUUUAGGAGGCUGCAAGAGUUCAUCACACAGACACUUUCUUGAGAAGUGAUUGCCUUUUAAAAUUCUUCACUCAGCAGUAACCUUUUUCACUUUCGAGCAAAUUUACUGAACAGACAUCAGAAAGCAUUUGAAGGUCAUUUUGUCAUUAAAGCUAAAAAAGUUAACAAUGACAAUGUGAAGAUUGUGAGCUAGUGUCAAAUGUGAAAUGACAAUGUAGAGCAGAUGUUUAGUGUUCAAACUAGGAAUGCAGUAUUUUUGGAAAAUAUUCUUUAUUUAGACAUAUUAUAAAUACAAGCAGAGUUUUCAGAUGUCAGGCGUCUCUAUAAAGCACAGAUGCCUUCAUAUUGGCAUCCUGUUUAGAUUAAGCAGUUAUUUUAUCCUGUCUGAUAUAUGAGGAGGAAACUUGUCACAACACGAAUCAUUUCUACACAAUACACUCAGGUUUUCUGUCUUUACGGUGAUUAUUUGCAAAGCAAGAUGUAUAUGUCCCGCUCAGGAAAAUAAAAUGUAAAAUUUUAUGAGCAUGUGUGUAGAAUCUUUAACUGUGUAACUGUUUAUUUUCUACAGGGUUUCUGCAGGAU